CAAUUAUCUGUUCAUAAAAGAAUAAUGUUUUCCCCAGUGCAGGCAUAGGACUCCAAGGCAGCCAUUACGACCGCUCAUCAAUCAAUUUGUCAAUGAGAGACUUUGCCAGCACCACUGGUUCCAGUCCGACCAAUGCUGACUCUUCGCAUGACAUUCAAACCGAUGACCAACGCGCCGCGUUCGCUGCGCAUCCAACAAUGGGUUGUAAAGAGCGGGGAAGGUUGGUAUUAUUUCGAAAGAGGCGAUGGAUACGGUAGGAAGUGUAAGAAGCGGGAAUUACAUGUAGUGGUGCGGUCAGAAGGAGGCGCGAGUCAUGCGCGGCGGCGCGCCGGGAACCAAUGACGUCAAGCGGAUCGAUCCGCGCGGUCCUCUGCGCAGUCCGCCAUUAGGCCCGCUGUCACCUGUGCACGUGCACGAUGAGCCUUACGUAAGCCUCCUCGAUGAACAUCCUGCCCAGGGCUCAUGUGUGGGCUAAGCUUUAGGACCAGGAACAGCCCUUCGCAGAAAACCUCCCUCCGAUGGGGCGACAGCUGCGCGCCUAGCAUGCCGGUAGCUUUAGUGAACAUUCGUUAAACGUGCACGGUGAUAGUGUUAUUUAGACGAUUAUAUUUUGGAUUCGUGUUUAUAUCCUAAAUAUGGGAGUGGACUGUUAGUGAGGGAGGCUGCGACGACCUCGUGAGACUUUACUGACAACCGGUUAACCAACAUCCAAGAUGAUCAACAUAGCGGGCGUGAUCUCCAUCAUCUUGUUCUACGUGCUGAUCCUGGCCGUGGGCAUCUGGGCGGGCCGCAAGAAACAGGCAGGAAAUGACUCGGAAGAGGAGGUGAUGCUGGCUGGCCGGUCCAUCGGGCUGUUCGUCGGCAUAUUUACUAUGACUGCGACGUGGGUGGGCGGAGGCUACAUCAAUGGGACAGCGGAGGCAAUCUACACAUCCGGACUUGUAUGGUGCCAGGCGCCAUUCGGAUAUGCCCUCUCGCUGGUCUUCGGCGGCAUAUUCUUCGCAAACCCCAUGAGGAAGCAGGGCUACGUGACCAUGCUGGAUCCGCUGCAGGACUCCUUCGGCAGCCGUAUGGGCGGCCUGCUGUUCUUACCAGCCCUGUGUGGAGAGGUCUUCUGGGCUGCUGGCAUCCUGGCUGCACUGGGCGCCACCCUCGCCGUAAUCAUCGAUAUGGACCACCGCACAUCCGUCAUCUUCAGCGCGUGCGUGGCCGUCUUCUACACCCUCUUCGGCGGCCUCUACUCCGUCGCCUACACCGACGUCAUCCAGCUGUUCUGCAUCUUCAUCGGCCUGUGGAUGUGCAUCCCCUUCGCUUGGGCCAACGACUACGUCAAACCAUUGGGGGGAAUGGACGUGGACUGGAUAGGGCAUAUCGACAAGAAAUACUACUGGUUUUAUGUAGAUUACGGGCUGUUGCUGAUUUUUGGAGGGAUUCCAUGGCAGGUAUAUUUCCAACGCGUGCUGAGCAGUAAGACGGCGGGGCGAGCGCAGAUCCUCUCCUACGUGGCGGCCAUCGGUUGCAUCUUCAUGGCCAUCCCACCCGUGCUUAUUGGAGCCAUCGCCAAAGCUACAGCGUGGAACGAGACUGGCUUCAAGGGGGACCUGACCGCCGACGGCGAGCUGACGUCAGACCAGACGUCCAUGAUCUUACCUCUUGUCCUGCAGUAUCUGACGCCGGACAUCGUGUCCUUCUUCGGACUGGGAGCCGUGUCGGCUGCUGUCAUGUCCUCGGCUGACUCUAGUGUGCUGAGCGCUUCUAGUAUGUUUGCCAGGAACGUGUACAAGCUAAUCUUCCGCCAAAAUGCAUCCGAAAUGGAGAUCAUCUGGGUGAUGCGCGUGAGCAUCCUGGUGGUCGGCUUCCUUUCAACGCUGAUGGCUCUGACCAUCCCCUCCAUCUACGGCUUGUGGUCGAUGUGCUCGGACUUGGUCUAUGUGAUCCUUUUCCCGCAACUGCUCAUGGUGGUCCACUUCAAGAAGUACUGCAACACCUACGGCUCCCUGUCCGCGUACAUAGUGGCCCUCCUCGUGCGGCUGACGGGAGGAGAGAAGAUGCUGGGAUUGGCCCCGUUGAUACACUACCCUGGAUGGGAUCCGGAGACUGAACAGCAGCUGUUCCCCUUCAGGACUAUGGCGAUGGUGAUGUCGCUGUUCACGCUGGCGUUCAUAUCCUGGCUCUCCGUGUACCUCUUCAACUCCGGCUACCUCAGCCCCGAAUCCGACUACUUCAACUGCGUAGUCAACAUCCCCGAGGACAUGGGCCGUGUGGACGAGCCGUCAGAGGCCGGCGAGCAGAUGUCCGUGCUGGGCGGCGUGCCGGGCCGGCUGUACGGAGCCGCGUCCACACUGGUCGGGCCAGACGAACGUGCUGGACGCAUCAACCCCGCCUUGGAACCUGAUGAUGACUUAGAUGACCCCAACGACGGACCCACCCCCCUGUUUGGUUCGAGCUCUGCCCCUCCUCCCGUUCAGCCGCUUGGCAAACAGACAGCUUUCUGAGACGAUGCAUACUUCUAUUAAAGAAGCACGGAUGGGCAGGCCAUAUGUUACUCUGCAACUGCAUUUAGAUGUAAAUUACUGAUUGGUUAGUUGUUGGUCGUUGAAUGGAGGUUGUUAAUUUGAUAUAUUGAUUUUAUAGGGUGUAAAAGUGGCCUUGUAGACACAAGACCAUAUGGUUGAAAUCAAUAUAAUUGGAUUUUGGGUGAAACUACACUCGACGUCAAUGAUAUGUUUACAUUUUUCGCCUUAUUACAAAGGAAUGAUUGUCAUUUAAAACAGAGGUGUGCUAAGUUUUAUGAGUAACGGGGCUAAAAUUGUAUUUCUGAGUGCAAAGUUGCAGAGUGUCGUAAAGCACCCUAUAUUGACUGGAAUGAUGCUCAAAUCAAGGACGUGUCUUCUUCCGAUUCUUUUGUAACCAACGACGUUUUUCACAUAGUUGUAAGUGCCAGCACUUGGACGAUGUAGAUCGGCCUGGUCCAACCCUAGGCUGAAAUUUUUCGGGAAAAUCAUGGCCUGAAAAUUUUAAACAGAAAUUUUUUUGAUACAGAGAAUAUAGCAUAGUUCUAUGCUUUAGGAUUUAUUUUGGACAAAGAGUAAUAGCCGAAGAUAUAUCAGCCUAGGGACAGCAUAUAGACCAGGCCUCCCAUGGUAAUAUGAUCGCAGUAUAUAGAGUAUGUUUAUAUGUACUUAUACUUAAAGCUAGUAGCGCGAAAUCGCGUGUAAUGCAACUCAUACAUAUCAGAAUGAACUUUAAUUGUUAGAGAUAUAUUGUAUACAUUAUUUAUAUUAAAGAAGAUUCCUUAUUUAAGUCAAUUAAUGUAGAGAUGGGAGCACAUAUGUGUUGCGUGCUUAUAGAGCGAAUAGUGGCGGGUAGCUAUACGGUAUCGCACUGUAAGUUGGGGCUACUCACACAGGCUUGCGUUCAGAGAAAGAGCACUUUUCAAAUAGUUUCACUUUUUGAAAUAAAGUUUAUAAGGUAUCUGGUCAAAACGUGAUUUUGCUCAAUCUUUCGGAGUUUUGAAUUUUUGUCCGACGUCGGCAGAGUUAGUGUUUCACGCGCGACUCGUAUUGUAUUAACGCGUGUAACGUGUGUAACGUGUGCUCAC